AUGAGCUCAGGUCUAGUCCCGCGGGACGGGAUGGGCGAGGAGCAGGACCCCAUGCUCGGGGUCAGAUCAUCGUCGGAAACCGACGUGGAGGAUCGCCUGCUGUCCGACACAGCCGGAUUCAGUGAGAAGGACAACUACAAACGCCAUGCGGGGCACAAGAAGACCUUCAGGUGGAUCAUGGUCCUCACUUGCAUCUCGAUUCUGACGUUUAUUCCUUUCAUCUUUGCUCAAUUCUUCAAUGUGCAAUCCAAGGUGCAGCCAUCGGAGCCUGCCCACGAUGAGGACAAUCAUUCAGACGAACAACAACAACAAAGUCCUCCGCCACCGCCACCACCGCCGCCCGAACCAGUUCCGGAGCUGACGACGACGAUAACACCGACAAUCACAUCAUCCCUGGUUCCCACACAAACACCAGCAGUGAAGUUGACUCCAGAACAGGAAUUCGACUUAAAAACGGGGUUCAAUGUUUCAAAAAUGACUUCACUCCGGGAGUAUGUGUUUAACAUCACCCGAGAACAGUACUCGCCAGAUGGAUUUGAGAAAUCGAUGAUCAAAGUCAACGGACAAUCCCCUGGGCCUCUCAUUGAAGCAAACACGGGUGAUACGAUCCGUGUCACGGUCCAUAACCAAAUGCCGGAGGAGAGCACGACGAUUCACUGGCACGGCAUCGACCAAAGGAAUUCCGUGUGGAUGGACGGUGUCCAUGGAGUUACUCAAUGUGCCAUUCCUGCCGGCGAAAGUUUCACCUACGAGUUCAAUGUCACCGAUCAACGAGGGACGUUUUGGUGGCACGCUCACGUUUCGGUUCAAGUUACGGAUGGACUCUUUGGUCCUUUGAUCAUCCAUGACCCUGAUGAAAAAAUCCCACCUGUAGAUGACGAUAAGAUUCUCAUGGUCGGCGACCUUUUCCACGAGUAUGGAAGCACUUACUUGAGCGCCAAUCCGCCUUGGGCCCCUAAGAAGCCGGGCAGAGAACCUCCCCCGGACAACGUCAUCAUUAACGGCAAGAACACUUUCAACUGUUCUAAAGUGGCAAGCAACGAUGACGGCAAAGGGAAAUCUAGUGAAGACCACAGUGGCCAUAACAUGGAAAACAUGCAAGGUCAUGGCAUGGGAGACCAUAACUCGGUCAGAGAUCCCAAGUGUACCUGGGGCUCUCUCUUCAACACACGAAUCACAAGCGGAUCAAAGGCUCGUCUGCGUCUCAUCAACCACGGCACAUCGACUCCUAUAUUUGUAACGGUUGACAACCAUAUUCUUGAGAUUGUCGAGAUCGACGGCGUCGAAGUGGCUCCGAUCGCAACCACACGCGUGUACAUGAACCCCGGCCAGCGCUACUCCGUCCUCGUUCACGCCAACCGGACUGCUGGGAACUACCUAAUACGCGCAGACGCUGCCGUUCGAUGCUUUCACAUGUCCCACAAGAACCACAAGGGCAUGUCGGGAAUGCACGGUACGCCCUUCGGUGCUACCGCCAUUCUGUCAUACGACGAGACGGAUGUUGGCGCCGUGCCGAUUGGUAAGGCAUGGAACCUGGACAGCAAGUCGAACCCUGAAAUCGGCAAGGAGCCAUGGGGAGACCGUUGCGAGGAUCUGCCGUUCAAUUUGCCAAAGCCGAUGAGAAGCAGGCCUGCCUACGACGUUGGCGAGAGGAACUACCAUUACUUUACGUUCAGGCAAGACCGUAUAGGGGACGUUGUUCGUACGCAUGUGAACCAGGAUGACGCAUCACUUUGGAAGGUCCUGCAGCAAGACAUUACGCCAGAGAACCUGAAUUCGCCGCAACCAAAAUUGGACUUUGGGAAGGACCAGUUCGUUCUGGUGUCCCAGGACAAUAAGGCUGCUCAAAUCGUAGUGAAUUCUGACGCUAUGAUGGUACACCCUUGGCACUUGCAUGGUACGUACUCGGCAUAUCUCGUCUACUUUGACGUUCGUCAAAACUUCCAAGUCAUUGGAUGGGGCAAGGGCUUGUUCGGAGCCAGCAAAACGACCUGGAACUUCGACAAUCCAAUGCGUCGUGACACAAUAACGAUACCAGGCUUUUCGCACAUUGUAAUUCGCAUUCUUGCAGACAACCCCGGUGUCUGGGCUUUCCACUGUCACUAUCUCUGGCACGCCGAAGGUUAG